AGAAGACGGCAGCGCAGCAUCUUAUUUUGCGUUCAGUAAACUGUGCGCGAGGUAUGUAGCCGAGCAUCUGCGCAACGAGCACGGCGCACCUGAGUUUAAUAUAAUAUUUCUAGUCCGCUAUUUAUAAAGAAAAAUACAUAUAUUUUAGACUACAGGAAAAAUGAAAAUAACAUGUGUAAAAAGCCUAUUUCAACUGGAAACAGAAUAAAAGAACAAUUUAGGCCUUUCUUAUUUUAAUUCAGUGGCACUUGGACCUAUUUUGUCUAGCCUUUACAUUGGAUUAUGGUGCUGAUAUUUUCGCAAACCAUUGCGUAGAGCGGGAAUGAGUCGAAUCCUUCCCCGCCCAAAUUAUGGUUGAUUUGGGAAGUAUUUGCGCCUAGACGGUGCUGUAGCGCAACCGACAGCCAGUAGUGGCCAGCAGCAAACCGCAGCAGCUACAGCGGUGGAUGUAGGAUCAGAGUCGGGGCGAAUCUAGGAUUCACUGUCAGAGGGGAAGAAGAGCAGAGGACUCUCAACGUUCUGAAUCAUGGCUACUGAAACCGUGUCCCCGGCGUGCACUGGAUCCAGUUUGCUGCAACCCAUAAGCGAAAUCAUCAAUCUUCCUCUCGACCAGGUCAACUUUGUGGUGUGCCAGUUGUUUGCCCUGUUGACUGCCUUCGGGUUCCGUCUGUAUCUCCACCCCAGUAAGACCAGUCCCUUCGUCAGACAUGUGGUGGCCACACUACUGGGAUUCUACUUUGCUCUCUUCUGCUUCGGCUGGUAUGCUCUCCACUUCCUGGUUCAGAGUGGGCUCACCUAUGGCAUCAUGAUCCUCACUGGAGUAGAACACAUGCACAAGUACUGUCUGGUGGUGGCCCUGGGCUAUCUCAGCUUCUGUCAGAUCACACGCGUGUACGUCUUCGACUAUGGCAUGUACUCUGCUGACUUCACAGGGCCUAUGAUGGUGAUAACACAGAAGAUCACCAGUUUGGCGUUUGAAAUACAUGAUGGAAUGUGCCGGAAAGAGGAGCAGCUGACCCCAAAUCAGAAGGUCCUGGCUAUAAGGAGGAUGCCCAGUCUGCUGGAGUACUUCAGUUAUAACUGUAACUUUAUGGGAAUACUGGCUGGUCCCACCUCUUCCUACAACGAUUACAUCGCCUUCAUCGAGGGCACGCCCUGCCGUCGCAGUAAAGACCACCAGACCAAUGGGAAGACCAACGGCAGACACAAACAGACUGACCCCUCCCCAAACAUUGAAGUGGUCCGUAAACUGGCCACCUGUUUCUUCUCCCUCAUGGUUUUCCUCUUGGUCUGUAAAGUGUUCCCUGUGGAACGGAACAUCGACGACGACUUCAUCGCCACCACACCCUUCUACGCCCAGGUGGUCUACCUCUACCUGUCCAUGCUGACCACCAGGCCCAAGUACUACUUCGUCUGGACGCUGGCUGAUGCCAUCAACAACGCAGCAGGAUUUGGAUUCAAUGGAUACAACAGUGACGGCUCACCACGUUGGGAUCUCAUCUCCAAUCUGAGGAUAAUGGAUAUUGAGUUUGCCACCAGCUUCAAGAUGUUCCUUGACAAUUGGAAUAUACAGACGGCACAUUGGCUCAAAAGGGUGUGUUACGAGCGCUGUCCCUACAACCCCACAGCGGCUACCUUCAUUCUGUCCGCCAUGUGGCACGGAGCCUACCCUGGAUACUACCUCACCUUCCUCACUGGCAUCGUGGUCACACUGGCUGCACGUGCCAUGAGACACAACGUGAGGCCGUACUUCCUGGGCUCGCCUUCACACAAGCUACUGUAUGAUGGGAUCACGUGGGCUGGCACCCAGAUAGCCAUUUGUUACACUGUGGUGCCUUUUGUGCUGCUGUCUGUCGGACCCUCUAUGAAGUUCUACAGGUCCUGGUACUUCAGUGUCCACAUCGGCUGUGUUCUCCUGGCCGUAGCACUGCCAGUCAAGCCCCGACACCUGCGCCUGAAGGAGGCUCCCGUCCUCUCCCACCAGGACUCCACCUCCACAGAUGGCCACUGCAACCAGAAGACCAAAGCCACAUGAAGCAGAUUCAGAGACCAGCAAAGGUGCACACACACAGAGACUAGCACCAAGGACUGCAGGGACUGUCCAACACAUUAUUAGAGAGAGAGACUGUCCAACACAUUAUUAGAGAGAGAGACUGUCCAACACAUUAUUAGAGAGAGAGACUGUCCAAGCUGUGUUUUGGAGUCGGACGACGAUUCUCAUUUGUUCACGUGAGAAGGGAUGUAUGGACUGAAAGCUUUGGGAUUUACCUAUUUAGUGCACUACUUUUGACCAGAGCCCUAUGGGUCCUGGUCAAAAGUAGUGCACUAGAAAGUGAAUAGGGUGCCAAUAAAAUUUGAUUUGGAACGCAGCCCCUACUUUAUUAUGAGGACUAUUGGCUGUGGCUCAGCGGGAUGGAUGGGUCCCGAAUCGAUGAUGAAAUGCCAGUAUUGUACUGUUACUGUAUUAUGGGAGUAUGCAAACUUGCCUUAUAACCUUUGUCUCUUUCUCCACCCAGUUAUUUUUUUAGCUUUUGUGUAUCCUCCUCAAAUGGGAUAUUAUUGUGUGUGCGGUGUUUCUUACUCAAGGUGAACAGGUUUUAGGAUCAGGUGAGUGAGAGUGGAGUGGUUUAAGUUAAUGGUGUUAUUGUCCAGGUAAAAAGCAAAGAUACAGGAAAUUAGGACACAAGAACUAAAAGAGAAGGAAAACAAGAUAGUGUCCUUGGUCUUUCCACAAAAUAUGUAGGGUGUCCAACCACUCUGCCCAGAAGUGGGUGAAAAAAAAACAGUCUUUGGUGAUGAAAUUUCACUUCCUUAUGUUAUUAAAUACAUUUUACCAAUACAAAUAUGAUUAUUCAUGUUCUGAAUCGUGAGGACUUUUGCUUUCAUAUCAUUAACAUUAUAGCCAAAAAGUCUGAUUUUGUUAUCUAAUACGAUAAUAAGCACCUAACUCUGUUGACAUAGCGGUGCAGAUUUCUCAUCGCUUUUGAGGAUUUUACUUUUUGUGGUCCUCGUCUUCAAAGUUGUUUCCGCGGGUCACAAAAAGCAAAAUUAGCAUGACACAAGCUGAAUUAAAUGUAAAAUGCUUUGAAAAGAAAAAGCUUGGUAUACGCUCAGUGCUCCGUUGACAUUUCAGAGAUAUGCUUGCUUUUGUAAGAAAUCUUCGAUAAAGGACAGGAGUUUUGCAUUAAUAUGAAAAGCAUAUACUAAAAUAAGAAAAAAAUAAUACAUGUCAUGUCUCAACAUCUAUAUCUAUCUUACCUCUAUAUUGUUUCAUGUCCUCCGGAUUCAAGAAGAAAGCCUGUCAGUUUGCCUUAAUUCUCGCACAACAUCCAGCCUAGCUGACGGAAUGCAUUUUUUCUGAUUUUUGACCCCCCCCCCCCCCCCCCACACAUGGUCUGCGGUGGUAAGGCCGGUUGGACAUACUGCCAAAUUCUUUGAAACAGUUUUGGAGGCGGCUUACAAAUGAACAUUUAAUGUAAUUCUCCGGGAACAGCUCUGGUGGACAUUCCUGCAGUCAGCAUGCCAAUUCCACACUCCCUCAAAACUUGAGACGUCUGUAGCAUUGUGUUCUGUGACAAAACUGCACAUUUUAGAGUGGCCUUUUAUUGUCCCCAGCACAAGGUGCUCCUGUGUAAAGAUCAUGCUUUUUAAUCAGCUUCUGAUAUGACACACCUGUCAAGUAAAUGGAUUAUCUUGGCAAAGGAGAAAUGCUGACUAACAGGGAUGCAAAGAAAUGUGUGCCCAAAAUUUUAGAGAAAUAAGCUUUUUGUGUGUAUGAAACUUUUAUUUCAGCUCAUGAAACAUGGGACCAACACUUUACAUGAUGCAUUUAUAUUUUUGUUCAGUGUAUUUUACCCAUUGGUCAAAAUAUGUAUUUUUGAUUGGACACCCUACAGUAUGAUGAUUCAUGGUCUCAACAGGGAAGAUUUCCCGAAUUAUACCCAUUUCCCUACAUACAGUAAGUAGUACACUUCUUUUGACCAAAGCCCUAUGGUCCUUGGUCAAAGUAGUGCACUAUACAGGGAAUAGGGUGCCAUUUGGGCAAAACCCAAAGACUUACUCCAGCCUGUUUGCUUUCACUGGGUGAUGUUAUUGGCUCACUUCAAUGUCACUUCUGUUUUCUUCUGUUGAAUGUCAUUGUGUGUUGUUAUUAUAUAACGGUUUGACACAAUCCAAAUCUGAAAUGAAUGGUUGGAUAGAGAAAGUAACCACUGACAGAUUAUUAGGGAACGUAUCAAUGAUUUAAAUCAUUUAACAGGUCAUUCCAUGCUGUGAGAGUAGCUACUAACCCCUUAUUCAUGAAUUGUGUGUGAGCAGUGUGAGAGGGGAGAUGGUCUAGUAUUUCCAUGUGUAGAGGUACAUUUUGUCAUUUCAUGUACUUGUUAUUUAUGUGAUUCUAAUGGACUCGUGGUAUGUUCGACAAAGGUGAAAAGGUGGUGGAAAGGAACAAAAUUCCAGUAUUUGUAGACACUGCUUCUUCAGACAGUUCUGAUUCUAUUUUCAUUACGAGGGAAGUGAAAACUAAACCUACUUUCUUGAGUCGAUUGUAAGUUUAGGUAAAUAUGGUCAUUGUAAGAAACCUUUGCUUGAGGCUCUGGAGCAAAGAGAAUGGAAUGCUUAUCAUAGUCCCGAGCAGCCAACCCUGCUAAUUGUUCAUGUGGAUGAUGUGGAUGGUUUGUUUUUGUAUAUUAUGUGAUUAAAAGAUAGAUCUUUUUGGAA